CCAUCUUCACCCUCGAGUUUACGGUGGGUGACCUUAUGUAGUAGCAACGGACACGAGCGUCUGGAGCGUGGGGGAAGGACACUGCAAGAAGUAAUCAUGUAUAGAUUUAUAUACCGGGCUGUGUACACUGCUCGGACUUCUUCUUUCAAUAUCUAUGAGUCGCGUCUGUUGCCAGCUAAAUGCGACAUUGCUGCGGCUCCAGUUUUCAGGGUUGCUAAUGGAGGUGGAGCCAAAGCCCUCAGCACAAGUUCAUCCAGGCUCUGUGAAAAGAAAGACGAUGUCACCUCCUCUAAUCAAGAUGAGAAAAAAAAUAUGGUUAAAGAAGGCGAGCCAACAGAAACUCCAACUUUGUUUGAACAGAAAGCUGACGAUGACAGCAAAGUCAUCAAGACGGAUGAACAAAGGGAGGAGCCAGCAGUGUUAAAGACAGAUGGUGGAGGUACCAACAAGGAGACAGAUGUAAUAACUGGGCAGAAUGUGGAAAAGCCAAAACACGACACAAUUGAUGCAGCUAAGAGUGGGAAGGAGAAUCUCCUUGACCUUCUUGGAGCCAUGAAGGUGGAAGUAACCAAUAAGAGGAAGCUCAAAAACUUGAAAGUGAAACAGAGUUAUGAGUCUACCCCCAAGCCAAAGCCAGCCGCAAUGGAGAGCACCAUCAGUAUGUUUCAGAAGGCUACAGAGGAGGCUGCAACACAGAGUGAGAGUCUGGAUCCUGAACUGGUUGCAGCUGCGUCUGCCGCUGCUUCCACUCUGCCUAACCGCAGCCAGGCCGAGUCUGAGCUGCUCAAGCAGCUGAGGCAGCAUGAGUCCAUCACUGUGGCUCAGAAGAAAGGGGACGUGAACAAUCUCGGAGUCAUUAUUGCUGACAUGAAAGUAGGAAAAAAUACCAACCGACAGAAAGCUCGGCCGGCUCAUCAGAUCCGGUUUGACGACGACGGACGAGGAUACACACAUGACAGAGGAAUCACCGCUGAGCUGGACAGUGUCCGGAGGAGGAGGAACUUGCUCUCAGGGAAAAGACUAAACAUCUUCUCCCCUGCUACUGAUGAAGAUGGCGUUGACUCAGCAGUUGCACGGCCCACUCUAUGGGACAUGGACUUUGCUCAUCAGUUGUCACAGGCGCCCAAUCAAACAGCCCGCAACGGGUUUGAGGAAAUGAUCCAGUGGACCAAAGAGGGAAAAAUGUGGCAGUAUCCAGUCGACAAUGAAGCUGGGCUUGAGGAGGAAGCCAGUGUCCCGUUCCAUGAGCACAUCUUCCUUGAAAAACACUUGGAGGAGGGCUUCCCCACUCAGGGACCAGUGCGUCACUUCAUGGAGCUUGUAGUGGCCGGUCUGUCCAGAAACCCCUACCUGACUGUCGAGCAGAAGAAGGAGCACAUUUCCUGGUUCAGAGACUACUUUCACCAAAAAGAGAAUGUCCUCAAGGAGGCUGAAGUUUACCUCAACUAAACUUAGGACGAUAAAAUAUGUUUUCAACAUUCACUCAACGUGGACACCUGAGAGCAAGACCCGUUUCCUCUGUCGUAUGAUCAUCUCCACCCAUACAGGCUCCAGAAGAGACCAGGCUUGGAUUUCUUGACUCUUUGAGGAGGCUUGUUAGAAAGGAUUGACAUCAAGUCUGCAUCCCGGUGUCAAAUAAUGUACAGAAUUUACAGUUUCUAAAAUGUUGAUCAGACUGUAAAACCACUGUUUAAUCACUUCAACGUUGGCUUGUUGCAGGAUGGAAAAAAAAGCUGAUACAAGUGCUUCUACAAUUACAAAAAAUGUAAAGUAGCAACAGUAUUGUCAUGGCUUUCUUUGCUCAUUUCAGUGGCUACUAGUUACCCCCAUCUACCACUGAUCAUUUGUUCACAUUGCCCAAUGCUAAUGCAGUCAGUGUAGGGUGAUACAGUCGCAUAAAUAAGCAUUCAUAGAUUUUCAAUGUUUUGGAUACCAAAAUUGUUCCAGUAAAUUGUGCUUUAUUACACAUAUCAGUGAAAUGCAAUAAGACAGUCCCACAUCAGCCUUAAAAGUGUUUAUUUGCUACACUGUCAUAAUUCACCGUAAUGCUUGUUUUCCAUCUAAGUUUCCAUCUUAAGCUUAGACAUAAUGGUCAUAAAGGUAUUUAUGAAAGGCAACAGUCAACACACCCUUUUUUUUAAUGAUACACAGAUAAAACCAAUGAGGUAACUGAUGUACAAAUAACUGCUGUGUUAAAUUAUACUGAUUUAACUUAAUUAAAAUAAUAUAAACACUUUA